CUCACUGUGGUGGGGAUGAUAAUUAUUGAGGCGCAGUACAAGUGCCGCAGUUCACAUUUUUCACACAGUUUCACGUUUAUUGACUAUUCCUUGACGAGUUUAAUUUUGUGAAUUAUUGAAUAUUAGUUUCAAUGGAAGACAAGUUGAUAGAAUUGGUAAAGGAACACAAGGAGCUUUACGACACAAACGAUCCGAAUUAUAUGAAGAUGAAACUGAAGAAUCAGCUUUGGAAAUCUAUUGCUGAACAGUUGAAUUUCCAAAAUGGACAUGAGGCAAAAACAACAUGGUUGAAAAUGAGGAAUUCCUAUCGAGAUGCCAGACGUCGACAAAGGAACAGUAUCAAAAGCGGCGUGGACCCAGCCAGCAUGAGACUGUGGCGUUAUCAGAAGCAAAUGUCCUUCCUUGAACAAUACUCGACCGCCGGUCAACAUCAGUCCCACAUGCAGGACAGCGACGAUACGUAUCCAUUCCCACUAAGCUCCGACAAUGUGGAACGCGACAGUUCCUACUACAAGAAUGAAACGCAUGAACAACUAUUCUACGCUUCCGAUGUUGAAAGUAUCCUAGAUGAACCUAGUAGAAAUACAUCUGCUACUUCAACAGCCAAGAAGUCGAAAAAAAGGAAAGUAGAUACAGUCCAAAGUCUACUGGAGAGAUCCAUGGAACAGGAAAGGAAUUAUCAACAGGAAAGUGAGAAAACGAAUCAACGCGGCGAAGAGAAGAUCAGAUUGGAAGUGAGUGAUAACUUCAGUGAGGAUCCUCUGUAUCUGUUUUUCAUUUCCAUGUACCAACUAACAAGGACAAUGCCGCCCUCUUUCCAGCAUAGAGUGAGGAGUCAACUAUACAAUGCGGUGUCAACUGCUGAGGAAGAUAUUAUGAGCAUGCCGAGCAGAACGGCUUCUUCAAUGAAUUCUUCUCAUUGACCAAGUUGAGAAGAAUGGAGGAGCAUCUUCUCGUUCCCUCCUUAAGGUAGGUGCACACAGAUCGUCAUCGGACGGACGGCACGCAUCGGACGAUUAGAUUUGAUGCAUUGUUUUCAAUUGGAGUGUGCAUACCUAUCCGGGUGUGAUCACAUUGAAUGCGUCUAUGUGCAAGUGCACGUCAGAUCAUGAUAAUAAAUCUUGUAGGUUUUGUUGUUGUGAGUUUGAGGUUCAACAUUCAACUAAUUGAAAGUUGUAAAAAACUCUCAAACGUUUAAAAAGUUGUGGACUUCCUAUUAUAUUAAACGAGCAACUUCUGUUUAUAUGUUUAGAUGUUUAUAAUAUGUUUGUAUUUCACCGGAUCUCGAAAACGGCUAUAACGACUCUCACGAAAUUCAGAACAUGGUAGGUAAUUAUUUAUAUCUGGUUAUGUUCAACGGAUCUCGAAAACGGCUCUAACGAUUUUCACUAGAUUUGGAACAUAGUAGGUUUAUGAUAUAAAAAUUCGAUUGCACUAGGUCUCAUCCCUGGGAAAACUCGCUGAAGGACAUUAAAAGGAUGAUUAUUAUUCAUCCUUGGAAAAACAGCUGAUACGGUAAUAUUAUUUCGUCGUCUGUUGGUGAUGGAAGUGAGUGAGCGAGUUCAUGUGUGUGGGACUGUGUCAAAAUUAUGACUCAGCUGUUGAACUUUUGUAAUCAUUCAAUCAGGUACUUAGUGCCGGUUGCAAAAAAGCCGGGUUAUUUUCAAUCCUGAAUAAUUCCAGUAGAUCCAUCUUUUUGAAAUGGUCUCUCUGAUUUGGUUCACAUGAAGUUAAUCAGGAUUAAAAUUCAACAGGCUUUUGUACAACUGGGCCUUUGUGAGGGAAAUUUUUGCAUUCCUCUGGGAAUUAAUCUCAAUUUACUGUGAUUAUAUAGAACAUUUCUGUAUAAAUGUUAUUAUAAUUUCUUCUUUCGUAAUAAAUUGUUUAUGCUUUUGUACUCCAGAGCGAAGCUCGGUCCCCGACAUUAUUACUAUAUCAGAGGAAAGUAUUUCAUAUAUUAUUCCUAUACAUAAUAAGCACUAUGAAGAGUGAGGAGGACAAGUGGAACUCGGCUACAAAAUUAAAUUAUAAAAAAAGAAAAAAUAUUUAUUCAAGUUGUCCCUACCUACUGUUGGCUUACAGCAUAGUAUUGUGCCAAUUUUCAAAGGACAACUUACCUAUCUAAUUAUCUGUCUUUAAAACUGAAAUUGCAAACAAUACACUAUCUAGUCAAUCGAGUCUUGCCGAUAAAAUAUUUCUAUGAAAUGGUGUUUCCAAAUUCCCUGCACAAGAUAUCAUUAUUCUCAUAAGUUAAUUCUAUAAAAAAACAUGAAGACACAAUACCGGUACGUUAUUCUCAUAUUGAGUUCAGCAUACAGAAAUACAUGGCUAGGAUGGUUCACUGCUGUCUUCAACAUUUUUAUGUUGCCUAUUGUUUUACAUUGAUACAAAUUGCAUUUCAAAACUUCAUGAGAAACCAGAAUCAAAACAGCAACUUUCUAGUUUUCUACAAACUAGCUCUCUAGAAAUUGUAAUACACGUGAAUAAUAAUAGUAUAUUUCGCACCUAGAGCAGAAAAUGAGAUUUUUCCAGCUCGAAAUCGGUUUUCAAGUCCGAGGCCGUAGGCCGAGGACUAGAAAAGAUUGAGAGCUGGAAAAACAUUUUU